UUUAACUACGGCACAAACACGCACAUCAGAGAGGGAGAAACAGAGAGAAACACAGAGAGAGAGAGAGAGAGAGAGAGAGAGAGAGAGAGAGAGAGACGGGGGAGAGGGAGAGGAAGGAUGGGCAGGAGUCCAUGUUGCUCCAAGGAAGGGAUGAACAGAGGAGCGUGGACUGUCAUGGAAGACAAGAUCCUUACUUCCUACAUCAAAGCCCAUGGCGAAGGCAAAUGGAGGAACCUCCCCAAACGAGCUGGUUUGAAGAGGUGUGGCAAGAGUUGUAGACUGAGAUGGCUCAAUUAUCUCAGACCAGACAUCAAGAGAGGUAACAUCUCUCUUGAUGAAGAAGAACUCAUCAUCAGGCUCCAUAAGCUUCUUGGUAACAGGUGGUCUUUAAUAGCCGGAAGGCUCCCGGGGCGAACAGACAAUGAAAUCAAGAACUACUGGAACACAACCCUCGGCAAGAAACUCGCCAAAACUGAUCGCUCAUCUUCCUCUCCACCAUCAUUAAAAGACAUCAAUCAUCCCUCGUCCAAAUCCAGAUCCAAGAGACCAGUCUCCAAGUCGAGCUGCUUGUUCCCCACGAAAGCGACUCGGCCCCGAGUCACCAGAUACAAGCCCCUGGAGGGCACCAAGGUCCACGCCUCACCAGGCUCCUCACUUCCAAGCAAAAACCAAUCCCUCUACUCAAUAACCCAAGAAUAUCCACCGUAUCUUCAAGCCAAUUACCGCCCAAGUGGGAGCACAUGUCAACAGGGGCUAGACUCAGAAAGUCCGAGAUCUCAUCGUGUUCACUGUGGCGCUCAUGAUGACCACCUUCAGAAGAACUUUGUUGGAGACUUUGGGCUUAUCAACUUUGGCUAUGGUGAUGAGUUUAACGCGGCCAAUGUUAUGUGCGCUGACCAGCCCUUGACCGUGGAACAAGAAAUGUUGGAGAACUGGACAGCAAGUUUUUGUGUAGAAGAAAAAGACACCUUGGAUCUUGAUUCCUUGGCAUAUCUGCUGAAUUCCGAGGAAUGGCCGUGAAGAGGAGCAUUGAAAAAAAGAAGAAAAGAAACCAAUGAAGAUGGUACCUAAUCAUGGCAUAUUCUGACAAAAAAAAAAAAAAAAUCAUGGCAUAUUGUAAGAGAUCACUCGAAUAAUGUCACUUGAGCACCAUGAGACUUGGAGAAUUUUGUAUCGAAGUUUGUAUAAAAGUAAUAGUAUAUAGCGAGCUUGUUUGCCACUUGCAAAA